UUUGCCAAUCACUAAAUUAAUCAAUCUAUCACUGAAAAUCAAAGUAAUAAAGUUAUAAAUUGACGUCAAUAGAUGUGCAAUUAAUUAUAACACUUACGUAUUCGCAUGUUAGACAUCGUCAUACAUGUUGCAAAACAACUUUGAUAAGGUUAAUCAACCUAAUCGCAAUAAAACAAUAAUUUUAUUGUGAUGCUUUAAAACAACUUUAGUUGAUCCCGAGUCUGAUUCGGACCAAGUCGUUUCGUUUGACAGACGUCAAAUUGUCGGGAAACUGUCAAAAAGUUUGCGCUACGUCAAAAAAUAAAUAUCAAAAUGUAUUGAAAAGAUGUGAAUUUUGUUUUUCAUGAUUGUUAUCAAGUUCUGAACCAUUUCGCUUGUAUGAAAUAGUGUUAGAAUUUGUUUAGUUCGUAAAAAAUGUAUCCAGCCAUGAGCGGUCUUUACACCGAGGGUCCUUACAGGCCUUCUAUGUCCCAGGGGACUGUGAUCCACAGCCAGCGAUUCCAAGAGAAGGAUUUCACAAUCGCCACACCCGAGGAGUUCGUGCGACGGUUUCAAGGCACCAAACCUAUUAACAAGGUUCUGAUCGCGAACAACGGUAUUGGAGCUGUAAAAUGCAUGCGAUCAAUCAGAAGAUGGUCGUACGAAAUGUUCAAGAACGAACGCGCGGUUCGCUUCGUCGUUAUGGUGACGCCCGAAGACUUGAAAGCCAACGCGGAGUACAUAAAGAUGGCCGACCACUAUGUGCCCGUGCCUGGUGGGUCCAACAACAACAACUAUGCCAAUGUAGAGCUCAUUGUGGACAUCGCUGUGAGGACGCAAGUGCAGGCUGUCUGGGCCGGUUGGGGGCAUGCUUCCGAGAAUCCCAAACUGCCCGAACUACUCCACCGUGCGGGCGUGGUCUUCAUAGGACCUCCGGAGAAGGCCAUGUGGGCUUUAGGAGACAAGAUUGCGUCGUCCAUCGUCGCUCAGACCGCUGAGAUACCCACGCUGCCUUGGAGCGGAAGCGAACUAAAGGCCGAGUACAACAGCAAGAAGAUCAAGAUAUCUUCGGAACUGUUCGCCCGCGGUUGUGUCACCACGCCCGAGCAAGGGUUGCAGGCUGCACAUAAGAUUGGGUUCCCCGUGAUGAUAAAGGCCUCCGAAGGCGGCGGCGGUAAAGGCAUCAGGAAGGUCGAGAACCCCGACGAUUUCAGCAACAUGUUUAGACAGGUGCAAGCCGAGGUGCCCGGCUCGCCAAUAUUUGUCAUGAGACUGGCCAGGUCUGCCCGUCACUUGGAAGUCCAGUUGUUGGCUGAUCAGUACGGGAACGCGAUAUCACUGUUCGGUCGCGACUGCUCCAUCCAGCGUCGUCAUCAGAAGAUCAUUGAGGAAGCCCCUGCCGCCAUAGCAAAGCCCGAAGUCUUCAUUGAGAUGGAAAAGGCCGCCGUCCGCCUAGCAAAGAUGGUCGGCUACGUCAGCGCCGGAACAGUAGAAUACCUGUACGAGCCGGCCACAGGCCAGUACUACUUCCUGGAGCUGAACCCGCGGCUGCAGGUCGAGCAUCCGUGCACUGAGAUGGUGGCCGACGUCAACCUGCCAGCCGCGCAGCUGCAGAUCGCCAUGGGUCUCCCUCUAUACCACAUCAAAGACAUCCGGCUCCUCUACGGGGAAUCCCCAUGGGGCAUGACCCAGCUGGAUUUCGACGAGCCCAAGCAAAGACCUUCACCAUGGGGCCACGUCAUCGCAGCUAGGAUCACCUCGGAGAACCCUGAUGAAGGUUUCAAGCCAUCGUCUGGUACAGUGCAAGAGCUAAACUUCAGGUCUUCUAAGAACGUGUGGGGAUACUUCAGUGUGGCCGCUUCCGGUGGCCUCCACGAGUUCGCCGAUUCUCAGUUCGGACACUGCUUCUCUUGGGGGGAGACUAGGGAGCAAGCUAGAGAAAACCUGGUCAUCGCCCUAAAAGAGCUGAGCAUCCGCGGCGACUUCCGCACCACCGUCGAGUACCUCAUCACGCUGCUGGAGACGGCCUCCUUCCAGGAGAACAACAUCGACACCAGCUGGCUGGACGCGCUUAUUGCUGAGAGGGUACAAUCAGAGAAGCCGGACAUCAUGUUAGGAGUCAUCUGCGGAUCCAUUCUGAUCGCAGACAGCAUCAUCACAGCACACCUGCAGGAGUUCAAGAGCGGCCUUGAGAAGGGUCAAAUCCAAGGGUCCAGUCAGCUAUCCAACUGUGUAGACGUGGAGCUGAUCCACACGGGCUCCAAAUACAAGGUGACAGCCACCAAGUCCGGACCCACUUCGUAUUUCCUCGCCAUGAAUGGUAGCUUCAAGGAGUUGGAGGUGCAUAAGCUGACUGAUGGAGGCACUCUCCUAUCAGUUGACGGCGCGUCCUUCACCACCUAUUUAAAAGACGAGGUAGACAAAUACCGCAUCGUCAUCGGCAACCAGACGGUCGUCUUUGAGAAGGAGAAAGACCCGUCUAAACUCAGAGCGCCAUCUGCUGGGAAACUGAUCAAUACCUUGGUGGAAGAUGGCGGACAUGUGGAAAAGGGACAGCCGUACGCUGAGAUUGAGGUGAUGAAAAUGGUGAUGACUUUGUCCGCGCCCGAAUCCGGAAAGGUGACUUGGAACAUUCGCCCUGGCGCUGUGUUGGAUAUGGGGACUCUUAUGGGAACCCUUGAACUCGACGACCCGUCCCUAGUGACGACAGCCGUGCCAUACAAGGGCCAGUUCCCCAUGGAAGACAACCCGCCGGUGUCGGAGAAACUGAACCAUGCCCACAACAAAUACAGGGCUAUACUCGAAAACACGCUCGCUGGCUACUGUCUUCCCGAGCCCUACAAUACGCCUCGCCUCCGCGAAGUGGUCGAAAAAUUCAUGCAGAGUCUACGCGACCCGUCACUACCGCUGCUGGAGUUGCAAGAGGUUCUAUCAUCGACUUCCGGCCGAAUCCCCAUCGCUGUGGAGAAGAAAGUGCGCAAACUGAUGGCGCUAUACGAGAGAAACAUCACGUCCGUGCUGGCUCAAUUCCCGAGCCAGCAAAUUGCUAGCGUUAUUGACCAUCACGCCGCCUCUCUAGCUAAGAGGCAAGACAGAGACGUAUUCUUCAUGAGCACACAAGCACUGGUGGUCUUAGUGCAGAGAUACAGAAACGGCAUCCGUGGACGUAUGAAGGCAGCCGUCCAUGAUCUACUCAAGCUAUACUAUCAGGUGGAGAGCCAUUUCCAGCUCGGUGCAUACGACAAAUGCGUGGUGGCUCUGAGGGACCGCUACAAGGACGAUAUGCAGACCGUAGCCAACAUCAUAUUCUCGCACAACCAGGUGCCGAAGAAGAAUCUAUUGGUGACCCUGCUUAUCGACCACUUGUGGUCUAACGAGCCUGGUCUGACCGAUGAACUGGCAGCGACCCUCAACGAACUGACGUCACUGCACCGCGCCGAGCACAGCCGAGUGGCGCUUAGAGCGAGACAGGUCCUCAUAGCAGCCCACCAGCCGGCCUACGAACUUCGCCACAAUCAGAUGGAAUCUAUAUUCCUUUCCGCCGUCGACAUGUAUGGACAUGAUUUCCAUCCCGAGAACCUUCAGAAACUUAUACUGUCCGAGACGUCGAUAUUCGAUAUACUCCACGACUUCUUCUACCAUACUAAUGCAGCUGUAUGCAACGCGGCGUUAGAAGUGUACGUCCGGCGCGCUUACACGUCGUAUGAGAUACAGUGCUUGCAGCACCUCGCGCUGUCGGGAGAGCUGGGAGUUGUACACUUCCAGUUCGUGCUGCCUACUGGCCACCCUAACAGGAUCCCCAUCAGCCAAUCUGAGAUUGAGCUCUCAGCAGCGCAAGACCAAGAAGGCAUUCCAGCGGAACUCUGCACAGCAGCCAUGAGGAAAUGUCAUCAUAGAACUGGAGCGCUGGCUGCGUUUGACUCCUUCGACCAGUUCGUGCAAUAUUCUGAUGAGUUGUUGGACUUGGUGCACGAUUUUGCCAGUACUGCUUCAGUUAGGCGCGAGGACCUCCAAGCCCUGCAAGAAGGCAGCGAGAGCCGCGAUAGCACCAGCAUCAACGUUGGAGACUACGCCAAAAUGCCGGACGCUGAAGACGUGCCUUUAGAACCAAUUCACAUCAUCAUGGUCGGAGUCAGAGACAGCGGUGAAAGCGACGACAGCGUCAUAGCGAGACGUUUCGGAAACUUCUGUCGCGCCCAUAGACACGAAUUACACCAGAAGCGAGUACGAAGGAUCACCUUUAUGGCGCUUGUCAAGUGA